AUGAAGACUGCUUUGAUCGCUGUGGCUUUCCUUGUACUCGGACUUGGCUGGACUUCUGACGCUGUGAAAGUGCAGGAGGGCGGCAUGUCCUUCUCCCUGGAGGCUGUGCAGAGACUCCAGGAGCUCACUGACCAGAUGCUGGCCACAAAGCAGAACCCACACAUCAGGCCCAGUGCUUUCCUGUGCUUGGACCCCCUGUUACCCCAAGAGUUCGUGCCGCUGUGCAGACAGAAGGGAGGGUCUGAGUCUCUGGCCCGACUGGCGUUGGUUCCCAUGGAUGUGUGUGAGAUCUGUUCCUUCGCCGCCUGCACCGGCUGCUAA